CAGAAAUGUCCAACCUUUCUUUAUAUACCAGAGAUUCAUCCAACCCAAUACUUCGUAGCUCACAGUUUACAACUAGCUUCAUCUUCUGGUUCUAGAGGGCAAAUCAACAAGGAAAAAAAAUGUCUUGCUGUCUUUCAAAUCUUCUCCUCUCACACCCCAUUGCAGCACAAAGAAUCUCGUCUGUAAUUUCCAAUUCCAACAAUUUAUCUGCGAAAUUUCCACACUUGUCGACCCAAAUUUCUGGCAGGAAAUGCGACAGAAAGAUCAUCAAAGCCGUGGCCGGAGAUGGCAGAGACAACCUUGACCAGUUGCAAAGAGCAAACAAGCAUCAACCCCAACAACCCAAGAGAAGAGUAGCCCAAACUGCUCCCAUCGGAUUGUGGGAUAGGUUUCCCACUGCAAGGACAGUGCAGCAAAUGAUGGAUACAAUGGAGAGGAUAAUGGAGGACCCUGUAGCGUACAGUGGCGGCUGGCCGUCGCAGCCAUCAAGCGAGAGUGGUGGGUACAGCAGGGGAAGGACACCAUGGGAGAUAAAGGAAAGUGAGGGAGAGUACAAAAUGAGGUUUGACAUGCCUGGUAUGACCAAAGAGGAUGUGAAGGUAUACAUUGAAGACAAAAUGUUGGUGGUGAAAGGAGAAAAAGUUCCCAAGAAGAACAGUCAGAAUGAGGGAGAGGAUGAGGAGGAGUGGUCUGCUAAGAGCUAUGGCAGGUACAGCUGCAGAAUUGCUUUGCCUGAGAAUAUUCAGUUCGAGAAAAUUAAGGCUGAGGUUAAAGAUGGAGUGCUGUAUAUAAGCAUACCAAAAGCUACCAACACUUCCAAAGUUUUGGACAUCAAUGUUGAAUGAUUGUCUGAGCUAGCCAGUAUAGCAAUCCCAUGGUUUUGACAUCCAUGGUGGAAACUACAAUAUGAUCAGGGCACCAACUGAUUUAUUGUUUUGUUAUUAGUUUCUAUUUAUUUUAGUGUUCAGUUUUCUCUUAAAAUUUUGUACUCCAAUAAUGAUGAAAUUAGUGGUGAUUGAUCUGAGAAUUGAACGAUGUCACAAAAUAAUUGGGUGCACCUCCUCUUACAAGGCCAACAAACUCACAGAUUGGUCUUUGAUCUUUGAUCGGUCGAAGACAUUACGAUGUUUAAGUCAAUAAUGGUUCUAUAUUAAAACAAGCAAGUAAUGAGCAAAAAAAUAAUUUUUAUUUUAGACUUAAGGUUAUUUGUAUUUAUAAAAGUAUAACUCGUCUCUUUAAGAUUUAG